GAAAGUGAGGCUGGCAACCCGUGGCAAAGAAGCCGGGCGAGCGGCGGCGGCGGCAGGAAGUCUGUGUCAGAGACGAGCAGAAAUACGAGCCAGGGAGGGACCGCGGCGGCGGCGAGAGUGAAAGAGGAAACUGCAGAAGAGGAAGCACUGCCGCUGCAGCAAGUCUCCGGCUGCCGUGCCGAGCAUCCCCGCGCCGCCGGCCCCGGCCCUCCGGGACCCCGCUGCGCCCGCGCCGCCGCCCCCGUACCGCCGCCGGCGCCCCCUCCUCAGCGCGCCCGCCCCGACCCCGGCAGCCCGGCCGCCCCGCCUCGCCGCGCACGCCGCCCCUCGUCUGCCAUGGCCCGGGAGAACUGCGAGAGCAGCUCCUCCUGGAAAAAGCAAGCGGAGGACAUCAAGAAAAUUUUCGAGUUCAAGGAGACCCUCGGAACCGGGGCAUUUUCUGAAGUGGUCUUAGCCGAAGAGAAGGCAACUGGAAAGCUCUUUGCAGUGAAGUGCAUUCCUAAGAAGGCGCUGAAGGGCAAAGAAAGCAGCAUAGAGAAUGAGAUAGCCGUUCUCAGAAAGAUUAAACAUGAAAACAUCGUUGCCCUGGAAGAUAUUUAUGAAAGCCCAAAUCACUUAUACUUGGUCAUGCAGCUUGUGUCUGGUGGAGAGCUGUUUGAUCGGAUAGUGGAGAAGGGAUUUUACACCGAGAAAGAUGCUAGCACUCUGAUCCGCCAGGUCUUGGAUGCUGUCUACUAUCUCCAUAGAAUGGGCAUCGUCCACAGGGACCUCAAGCCUGAAAAUCUGUUGUACUACAGUCAAGACGAGGAGUCCAAAAUAAUGAUCAGUGACUUUGGACUGUCAAAAAUGGAGGGCAAAGGAGAUGUGAUGUCCACGGCCUGUGGGACCCCCGGCUACGUUGCUCCCGAGGUCCUCGCCCAGAAACCUUACAGCAAAGCUGUUGACUGCUGGUCCAUCGGGGUGAUUGCCUAUAUCUUACUCUGUGGCUACCCUCCUUUUUAUGAUGAAAAUGACUCCAAGCUCUUUGAACAGAUCCUCAAGGCGGAGUAUGAGUUUGACUCCCCCUACUGGGAUGACAUUUCGGACUCUGCGAAAGACUUCAUUCGGAAUCUGAUGGAGAAGGAUCCAAAUAAAAGAUACACGUGUGAGCAGGCAGCUCGGCACCCAUGGAUCGCAGGUGACACAGCCCUCAACAAAAAUAUCCACGAGUCCGUUAGCGCCCAGAUCCGGAAGAACUUCGCCAAGAGCAAGUGGAGACAAGCGUUUAACGCCACAGCCGUUGUGAGACAUAUGAGAAAACUGCACCUCGGCAGCAGCCUGGACAGUUCAAAUGCAAGUGUUUCGAGCAGCCUCAGCCUGGCCAGCCAAAAAGAUUGUGCGUCUGGCACCCUCCACGCUCUGUAGUUUCAUUUCCUCUUCGUCAGGGGUCUCAGGAGUGGGAGCGGAGCGGAGGCCGAGGCCCACCACUGUGACGACAGUGCACUCUGGAAGCAAGUGACUGGCUCUGGAGGCGGGGCCCAGGGGCGGGGCCUCGGGCAGAGCCAGGGACGGGAGCCCCGAGGGGCCACCCGCGCCACCAGCCACUCCAGAGUGAUCCCACCUUGCAUGGUGCACCUUCCUGCACAGGACUGGAAGACAGAAGUUUUUUUAUGGCCAUAUUUUAUACUGCAAUUCUGAAGUGUUCAUUUCUCAUAAACUGUACUGGCUCAAGGGAGCUGAUUUAAUAGGAUCUGGUGCUGUACAUAUGAAUCUUGCAAAGCUCUAAUGGAACGAACUUCUGUGUCCUCUCCCGGCUUCUGUCAUUUCUGCUUUUCUCAGUAUAGGUAACCAUCUAUGUUGUAUUUUUUCAUUAAUGACAAAAAAAAAGGUUUCAACUGGAUUAUUUAAGUAUUGGUAAAUAUUGUGCAUUAGGGUUUAUUUUUUCCUUUUAAGAUACAUGUCCUUGCAAUCUGUACUUCUUGGUUACAUGACCUAUAUCUUUUGCUUGUCAGUAGCAGAGUUUUAUGUUAACCCUUAAGAAAUUUUGUUUCCUCCAAGUCAAGUUUCAAGGUAUGGAAUAUUUUCCGAAUUUCUAAUAAGAGGUUUGAGAAUCUGUCUCCAAGGUGAAGAGUGCACUUUACUUCUAUCCCUUCUCUCUCUGUCGCCAUCCUUGGAGGGGCCGCACUCUGAGAAGACACCUCCGCGGUUCUGCAGGCCUGUCUUCCCUCUGGGCGCUUUGGGAGGGAACCCUUCCUGGCAGCUCCUCUGACAAACCCCCGCCAGCCCGAGAAACCCAGGGGCCUCUUGCCAUCAGCAUUCAGAAAUGAAGAAGCCUGCUCCCCCGAGACUUUAGAAGCUAGACUUGCUGUGAAGGAGGUGCCCGUCCGGCAGACGUGUAAGGACUUUCUCACAAAAGGAACGAGACGCCGUUCUGUUUAACGGGAACUUUCCACGCUGCUUAUUUCUCAUGAGGGGUAACCCAUGAAAGCUCUGCUCUCAGCUAUGCAGUUUUCAAAUUAAUCUCUCUUUCUCUCUGUUUUUUUAAAAAUGCAUUUCUAAUCUUACGCUUAAAAUGACCUCCAACUCACAUAAGUUGUUUCUGCAUAUUUUUACUCUGUUCUUGUAUGAAUAUUAUCUGGAAGAGGAGAGGGAAAUGGCCUUGGAAGAGAAUCCAUUUAUCUGGGGUGGUGAGGAGAGGUGACCUGCCAAGCCAGCGGGACACUGGCUGAAGUGAUGGCCAGAGACUGUCUCAGCCAGGCUCAGCGGGCACGUGAAGCUGUCCCUCUGACCAGGGCCAUCUGAAAGCCAAAGACCUGUGAUCGUUGUCGCCAAAGGCCCAGUUAGCCAGGGACUGAAGGAUUUCUGGGGCGUAGCACUUUCAGUGCUAAAAUGGGCAAUGGCCCGGGCAAACCGGGCCACGGCAUUCACCCGAGCGGUGGGUAGGUGUGCAAGACAGAGCGGUGCAGUGUGAAAUCCAGGGCAGACUGCUUUUCAAGGAGGACUCAAGGGCGCUGUCUCAGAGGCAGGCAGGUGGCUCCAGGUGCCGACUCUGCAAAAGCCCUCCGUCAGCGCCGUGCGGCGCCCUGAGCCUGCGUUCCGCGCAGUCAGCCCGAGCCCAUUGUGGGCCCCUGUAGGUCCACUGUUGUCCUCACGCCCUGCUCCUGCAGUCGGCCAAACUUGGCAGGUCCUGUUGGUCAAUCCGUCUUCAUCACUUGCACGUCUUUGCCUAUGUCCAGGCCAGAUGUUGAGGGAUAGCCUCCCUAACGCACACACACCCAGUGUCAGGAGGUUCAGAGCUCCAUUUGCCUCUGUUAGGGGGGCAGUGCAGGUUUGCGAAGAGCAGCUGGAAAGACAGGCAGCCGGUCUACCCUGUUCCCACAUAACGUCAGAGGCACUCGGCCCCUGGGAGGGAAUCCCACUUGGCAUCUGCCACACAUGCAACCAGAGUAGAAUCAGGCUAUCGCUCUUCAAAAUCUGUAAAAAGCCUUGAAACCUAUAAAAUGACAACAGACCCAGUUGCAAAACAAGUGUCGGCUGAGUUGGAUCUGUAUCAAACCCACCCCCAACCCUCAUGCAAUAGCAUGAAUUUUGUAAAGAAAAUCUGAGGAACUGGAGGCAUCUCUCCAGGAGGCUUAGUAGGAUAUUGCUUAUUAAUGAGUGUGAUGGAACCUGAAGCUUCUACAAUAUCAGAAAACAAGUAAUUAGAUGUCAUGGGGGUGAAAAUUUGCCUGAAUUUCAUACCUAUAACACGGGCUGCAUAGUCAUCCAUUCAUGGUACUGUGCGUGAUAUGCAGGCAGUUGCAUUGGGAAAGCAACAUUUGAAACCAAAUUCCAUUAUUGGUGAUUACGUUAUUUUCCAGAGCUGAUACAUGGCGUGCAUGUUAUAUUCAGUUAGUUUGAAAGUGUGUCUUACCUUAAAAGUGCGGAACAGCCGAAAGGCAGGUCCUGCAGCCAGUGUGCCCCUUGUGGCUCGGGUCGGCCCCUGGCCAUGCUCGGCCUGUAACACAUCAGGACACAGUCACACAGUGUCCGGGGAUGGUGACGGGCUUCGUCCCAAAGGUUGAACUCAACAUCAGGCAAAUCCAUACCAUCUCGGUGCCACCAGAGUUAGAUUACUUCCUCUUGUUUUAUGAAGAGGAGAAAAUAAUUACCGUAUGGAAGAACUUUUAAACUUUUGAGAGAACAUGAGUGGCAUAAGGCAUAAAGGCUAGAGGUUCUCUUUCAACUGUGUUUGCUAUUACUUAUGCUUCAUUAGCACAUGGGAAGAGAACCCAGAAUGUGCCUUUUGUUAAGACCUGCCCAGUGGGUGACAGAGUCCCAGGACCCUCGACGAUGUCUGAUUCCACCAACAGUAGCCGAGCAUCUCAUAUGUGCUCCCAGUUUACACUCACCCUCCAGCCAGUGUAUGGCUGAGGCUAAGGGAGGACCACUGGUCCCACCACAGCCUUCCCUCUCACCAAGCCCCCCAUUUGGUCUCUUCACCUUCUGAGAACAAGUGGAUUUUUUCUCGAGUAUUACAUUUGAAACAGUGCCCUCGAAUGGUCUCUGCAGCUCCCUAUUUGUGCCUCCCUCACUUCCCUGACCUUCAUCUCACCAUAGAGGCCAUAGGCGAAGCUCAAAUUUGAAACAGUGAGCGUGUGCCCACACGCAGGUCCCCGACAGACCAGCAGCUUAUCACUUAACCAGGCCCCCGGAGUCCAGACUGCUCACUGCUGUCCCUCAGUGAGCACCCUGGGGUCCGGAGCGUUGGGCUGGGGUCGGGUGGAAGCAGCUGGAGCUGAGAGGGGCAGGAUCUGCCCGUGGAAAGUGCCCAUGACCAUGGACACCCUCAAAAAAAGAUGCCCAGAGGAACCAACAGCUAGCCAGAGCUGCUCCGGACAGUUUGGCCACCUCCUACUGCCCCCAGCACAACAGGGGAAUAGAGAGGAUAUGUCCCCUUCAUGUUCCCUUUUCAAAGAAAACUAUGCAGAAAGCAUGCCCCAGAAAGCAUGCAUGGCCCUGUGUUCUUGACUAUGGCAGUGAUUCCAGCCCCUUCUAAAAUCUCACCACAGGAGUGGAGCAGCUCCACCGGCGCGGAGCUUGGCCUUCGAGGGUCCCCUCUCCAGCUAGCUCUUAGCAUAGUGUCCCAGGAACUUGGCAGUCGGCGUGGAGCAGAAGACCCCUCUGGCUAAGCAGGCCAGGUGCUGGCACUGAGGAAGCAUGAGCCAUCUGAUGAAAGGGAUUAGGAACGUGACCCUAAAACUCAGUUUACCUGCACUAAUCUCAUCCUACUCACUUGUCUGCCUUGGUGUCCAGCAUGGCUUGGAUGGAUUGUGGGUGGGACAAGGGGACUCCCCUUUAGAACAAAAGCCAAGGACACCAGAGAUGAAGGGAGCCUAAGGAACCCCCCUGAAAGGCGAUUGGCCCUCCCUCAAGGAAUAAGAGCUUAAUCUGGGUAACUCGCUGGGGUUCGACAGUUCAGGAGCCGUUUGAAGCAGAAAGAAAAGACUGUAUCCCAGUGGAGAUAACUCAGUACUGUUAAGGCUUUGGCCUCUGUGGCCCUGUGGCCCGCCCAGAGCCUUGGCCGCUAUUGCUUUCACUCGGGAGAAGCCACACUGAACCACCAUCACUGCGGGGCUGAGGACAGGAGCUCUGGGUCGUCACCUCUGUGCUCCUGCAAGCGACGUGCCCUGCUUUGUGCAAUCUCCACAGCGUGCUGCGGUUGCCUUUGAAUUUGAGAAAGGGGAGCAAGGGCUGGCCAAGGGCAGCUCCUUCCCCUUCCACGAACGGAAAUGACAUGCGCUCUUUCCCAGGGUCGCACGGUAGCGUCUGGCCAGUGAAAUGAAGGUUCUCUGACUCAACCAGUGCACGCGAAGCCUUUGCAUGUUCUUCUGAAACAAGGCCACUUCCCUGUUCUGUCUACUCACACUCGGCAGUUUGCCUUUUCCUUAACACAUUCCAGACCAAAACACUGUUUAGUUUGACUCCAAAAUGUGUGUAACUGUACGAAUCCACCAUUCUUUGGGGUGGGCGUCCGGUUCUAGUUGGGGACUUCAAGUGUACCUGACGUUUGCAAAAAAAAGUGUUCCUCCAGUCCUUUGGUUUUCAGAAUUGAAAAAUGUUAAGAUAGGAAAGGUGAAUCGGGCAAAAGCUUCCUAAAAGGAGAGAGACAUUACCUGAAGACUGAAGAAAACUAGCCUGUAGGUGAGCUAGCUACUGUGGACAGCAGACAGGGAGGAGAAAGAAGAUGGAGGCCCACGCCCCCUUUAGCCCAAACCUUCAUUGUGGUCCCCAUGCCUCGCGAUCUGCCACCAGGCCUGGGCACAGCCUCCCAGCCCCGCCGUGAGGAGGGCCCUGCAUGCUGGUCGAGGCCUGGCCCGCCAUGGGAGGGCAGAGCGGCCCCACCCCCAGCGUUCCCUGCACAUGCGGCGGGAGCCACCCCACUUGGGCUUUGGGGCUCCGCAUCGACAAACCCAAAGGCUGCGCAUUUGGCGGCCAAACCCACAGCAUGUGGCUGCCAGGUAUGGUUUUGUGGACAAAGUGAAGCGUGGAAUGGCUUCUCUGUAUCUUUCUACACCAAAGGGACAAACUGUUGCAUUCACCCUUUGUACUAAAACGCUUCUGCAUUCGCCAUAUUCAUUUUUAACCUUUUGGUCUCCAGGGAACAUCUACAAUGAUUAUGUCUUCUGAUUAUUUACCGAAUUAUUUCACUUAGAGGUGAUUUUAUUUUCUUAUUGACAGGAAAAAAGAAAACAAGAGGAGUGUUUGAGGCUUUAGUCAUAGCGAUAAGAUGUCACCAGGGACUCGAAAGCCCUUAAUGCUAGAUAAAUUACUUCUCAGAGGAUAAAUUACUGGACAGGCGGAGGCUCCUCGGCCCUCGGGGAGGCCCGCACUCGGGAGCAGGGGCAGCCAGGCUUGGAAGGGGGC